CGGCGCGCGCAUGCGCGGCGCAAUUCCCCUUUCAUUCAGUCCCGCAGCAGAGCAGGCAGGAGCCGCGGUCCAGCUGCUGUUCACACCCUGCGCGAUACUUGACCGGCGGGCCCCGAGGAGACUGCUCUCCCCCUCUAUGAAGAGCCUGACUUUAUUCUAGCAGCGCAUACAAUCUACUCACUCACACCCCCCCCGUGCAAUACAAACUGGCAGGAGCACAGCACUGUUCACACACUACAGAAGCCAGCGGCAAACUACCUGCAGCGCCUGCCCUGUUAACCCCUCACCCGCCGGCACCAUGCCUGAUCUUAUCAGUGUGGGAGAGUUUAUCAUGGAGACCUUGGAGGACCACAGCUCUCCCACCACCUCUUCCUUCACCACUAGGAUGAGCAGCUGCAGGAACACAGUCAGCAGUAUUGAGGAGGCCCUGGACAACGACCGAACAGUUCUCCACAAGAUGAAGAAAUCUGCCAAAUCAAAGAACAGCGCAGGCGAAGAGCACAUCACACACCUAGAGGUUUAUAUUGCAACAUUGGAAAAACUAUCAUUAAACUGCCGGGACAAUGGAGAAGAAGCUCUGAGCGACGCUUUCAAUGCUUUCGCAGAGCUUUCUAAGGAAUUGUUGACGCCAAUGAAAAAUGUGCUGCAGAGUUUUAAUCACAACAUUAAUUACUUUCUAAACUCGCUGGUCAAAGGAGAUCUGAAGGAAGUUAAAGGGGACCUAAAGAAGCCAUUUGAUAAAGCUUGGAAGGACUAUGAAAAUAAAUUCACGAAAAUAGAGAAGGAGAAGAGAGAGUUGGCCAAGCAGUAUGGGAUGGUGAGGAAUGAGGUGGCAGGAGGAGAAAUCGCUGAAGAGCUGGAGAAAGAGCGUAGGAUGUUCCAGUUACAGAUGUGUGAAUAUCUGAUAAAAGUCAAUGAAAUCAAAAGCAAGAAAGGCGUGGAUCUUUUACAGAACCUUAUCAAGCAUUACAACUCACAGUGCAACUUUCUGCAGGAAUGUUUGCAAGCCACCGAAAAAUUGAAAUCCUACAUUGAGGGCCUGACCACUGAAUUGCAGAUUAUCAAGAGCAGACAAGAGGAGGAGAAGAAGCAGCUCUGUUCCCUGCGGGACAUGCUGAAGCCUACACUGCAGAUUGAAACCAAAGAGGAUUCAAUCAGUAAGCAGCUUGUCUACAGCAUGCAUCAGCUGCAAGGAAACAUGCAGUAUGGCACUGAGAAACAUGGAUACUUGUACAAGAAGAGUGACGGGCUCAGGAAGGUUUGGCAGAAGAGGAAGUGCUCAGUGAAGAACUGUUACUUGACCAUUGCACAUGGGACGCCUAACCGGCAACCAGCCAAACUAAAUCUGCUGACAUGCCAAGUGAAGCCUAAUAUGGAAGACAAGAAAUGCUUUGACCUAAUAUCACAUAAUCGGACAUACCAUUUCUUGACCGAGGAUGAGCAGGAUUGUAUUGCAUGGAUCUCUGUACUAACCAACAGCAAGCAGGAAGCUCUGAACAUGGCGUUCCAUGAAGUCCGUCCUAGUGAGGAGGAUAGUAUAGAAGAUCUCACCAAAGCAAUUAUUGAAGAUAUCAGAAGAAUGCCUGGGAAUAGUGUGUGCUGUGACUGUGGAGCACCAGAUCCCACAUGGCUGUCUAUAAAUUUGGGGAUCCUCACUUGUAUUGAGUGUUCUGGGGUUCAUAGAGAACUCGGCGUCCAUCACUCCCGUAUUCAGUCCCUCGCCCUUGACAAACUUGGAACCUCAGAGCUUCUGCUAGCCAAAAAUGUCGGUAACUCUGGAUUCAAUGACAUUGUAGAGGCCAAUCUCCCAUCACCUACAAUCAAACCCACUAUAGAUAGUGCCAUGGCAACUAGAAAAGACUUCAUUAACUCCAAGUAUGUGCACUGGUUAUAUACAAAAAGAAGCAAUACACACCCAUUGACACGGCUGCAUGAACUUCAGGACGCUGUCCGGUUUAAGGAUAUUUAUGCACUGAUCCAGGCCUAUGCUGAAAAGGUUGAUUUAACAGAGGCCUUGCCUCAACCAGCACAGGAGGCUGGUGAGAUCAUUCUGCAUUUGGCAGUGUUAUUGUCAGACCGAACUUCAUUGCACAUUGUAGAUUUUUUGGUACACAACAGUGGAAAUCUAACAAAGCAGACUGUCCGAGGCAACACUCCUCUUCACUACUGCAGCUUAUACAACAAGACGGAGAGCAUGAAGCUCUUUCUGAGAGCUAAAGUCAAUACAAAGAUAAAAAAUGAAGCUGGGGAAACUGCAUUGGAUAUAGCCAGACGCCUGAAGCUUUCUCUCUGUGAAGAUUUGCUUCUCCAAGCUCACAACAAUCAGUUUAACAUGCGUGUCCAUGUGGAGUACGAGUGGCGGUUACGUCAGGAUGACAUGUACGAAAGCGAUGAUGAUCUUGAUGAAAGGCUGGGCCCUGUUAAGAAGGAGAGGACUCUGCGACCAUACAGUUGCUUCCAGUCACCCAGCGCUCAGUUCUCAGACAGGGGGCCUCCCACAUCAUUUUUAAGGCGAGCCUCUCAGGUGUCUCAGGUGUCUCAAGACUCACGUUAUGAUGUAGGUGGAGGACAAUCCUGCACUGAAAAUGCCUUGACCCCAACAGCUCCCUUCACACCCCCACUGCCUCCACGCAAUCCUAUUAGAGCACCCAAUGUGCCACCACCUCCUCCCCCUGCCAGUCCCUCACCCGUCCCCAAAAAGCUGCCUGCCACACCUCCACUGACUACAAAGCACAAGAGAGCACUUUCAGAGCCUGCACCCGUCAUUCCGCACAGCCCCUCCAGUCAAAGCAGUCUCCAUUUUGAUUAUGGCUCAUGCUGCACUUCUCCGUCCAAAUUUCUCCAGUCAGAAGGUGUAUCUAGGAGACCAAGCAUUGGAUCUCCAAAACUUAGUAGUCUCCAUGAAGUGCCCGAAAUCCCACCAAAAGUUGAUUACAGAACAGAAGCAUAUUCAAAACCAGGAAACCAAAGAUCAGCUCAGAGUAAUGUAUCUCCAGGGUCAUCUGUGCAAGAACUCUAUCAUGUCCCAGCCCCCAGUCAGGAGCCCCCUCUACCCAUGCCCCGAAGGAUGAGCCUGAGCAAGCCAAAGCUCCGUCGGGUGAAGGCUUUAUUUGACUGCAUCGCCGAUAGAGAAGAUGAGCUCACAUUUAGUAUAGGAGAAAUUAUUGUAGUCACAGAGGAGGAGGAUCAAAACUGGUGGAAUGGCUACAUUGAUGGACAGCUACAUAGAAGAGGUGUUUUCCCAGCAUCCUUUGUGCAUAUCUUGACCGACUAGAAAGCACAAUCCGUGGGCAUCAAGUGUACUGAUGAACAGAAGAAAGAAGGCUUUUAAUUGUAUAUAUAAUAUUGAGACAGACCCAGAUGUCGCUAUAUGGACCUGUGACUGGAUUGGCAGUAGCUGACAUGAUGGCGAAAGCUGAGCACAUGGAGCAAAAUCAACUGCAAAGGUUGUUCUGGUCAUUAACCUUCCAAUCAAAAGAAACUUCACCAUAAAUAGGCAACUCUGUAAAACCUGUGUUAUGUGAGAGGCAGGCAAAGGGGGAUAGUAGACAUGCAUAUUUUGCUUGUGUUGUGCCUUGUAAUGCAAAUAGCUUUGUGUAAUGUUUACAAACAUAUUCUUAUCGUGUCUGCUUAGCCGCUGUAUUACUACCUAUAUAUCACCCAACAUGGGGCAAUUGUCUCUCCAGCAGAAGACCUCAUACUUUACUGUCAUCAGACAGACGCAUUUACUAUAUCCUCCUUUUCAGCUCCAAAAUCCUGCAUUGUUCAUACAAUUGCCCCUGUCGCCUCUUAAAAUGUCUGUGUGUAUCCAGUUUACUGGUGGCAGGGACCACCAUUUUUCAUCAGUUACAUGAAUUUUUUUCACGAUUUCUUUUCAAUUUGACCUGUCCUAGUGACAUGCCAUACGUUUUGAUCAGUUGGGGUCUGGGUGCUGAGAUCCCACUGAUUGCUAAAAUUAAGGGGCAGGAGUGCUGUGCCCCUUUUCUGAUCGUUUAAGGUCUCCUCAGAGAAUGAAUAGUAAAUCGAUCUGUACCACUUCAUACACCGCUCGCUUGGAUUUCAAGACAAACUGAACAGGCACGAAGGGGCACAGCUGAGAUGAGCGCUUUUGCCGUUUCCUUUUAGCAGUCUAUAUGGUCUCUGCAUCCAGACCCUACUGAUCAAAACUUAUGACACGUACCUAUGACAUAAUUUUUUUUUUCUUUAAUGUUAGGUACUCUUUAAACUAUAUGAUGGAUAUAUGAUUGGUUAUUUAUCCUUGCUUUGUUUCACCCAAUCAUUCUAUAGAUUAAAAGCUCUCCUAGUAUACAGCAGUGACCAUUACUGCACAUAUUUAUGAACUUGAAUGAGAACCUGACAGGACUGGGCGAUUAUGAUAAUUGAACAGUUUGUCAACAGUUGGAGUUGUGGGAGGGGGCGGCGGCAGUUAGAGCAGGGGGGAGGUGGCCGCAGUUAGAGCAGUGAGGGGGCAGGUGGCCACGGUUGGAGCAGUGGAGGGUGGUGGCUGCAGUUGGAGCAGUGGAGGGUGGUGGCCGCAGUGGGGGGUUUGGCCGCAGUUAGAGCACUGAGGGGAGGUGGCCGCGGUUGGAGCAGUGGAGGGUGGUGGCCGCAGUGGGGGGGUCGCCGCAGUUGGAGCAGUGGAGGGUGGUGGCCGCAGUUGGAGCAGUGGAGGGUGGUGGCCGCAUUUGGAGCUGUAGAGGCAGGUGGCUGAAGUUGAAGUAAAUGGAGGAACCUGACUCGAACAUUUAAAGAGAUGGGGAGGUAAGACUCAGAGUAAGGGCUCAUGCACACUGUGUGUUUUUUGUCUGCAUUUUUUGCAGGUUGGAUGCAGACCUAUUCAGCACUCCAUGUGCUCUCCACAUCCAUAUGUCCGUUCUGCAGCACCUGCAAAAUAAUAGAAAAUGUCCUAUUCUCGACCACAUUAAGGACAAGGAUAGGACUGUCCCAUAGAUGGCAGAAUGUUCCGUUCCAUAAAAUGCGGAACACACAUGGCCGGUAUCUGUGAUUUACAGUCUGCAAAAAGUGCUAUGGCCGUGUGCAUGAGCCCUAAAGCAGUGUCGGAUGUAACCAGAAUAAUAAAAUAAUUGACAUGGGCAAAAUUAUGUUGAUUAAUUAGACUGCCUUUUUUUCCUUACUAAUCGCCCAGCCCUGCUGACACAGCUGCACCACUUUUAUUGACAUCAGAAGGUAGUGAUAUGAUUUUCCUCUCCAUUAAAAGCUCACUUACUGUUAGUAUAAAAUAUUUUGUGGGAAGGCCCUUUUUUGAGCCGUCCCCUUUUGGUUGACAUACAUCGACAAUGUUUGUCCCAUCAGAGAACUGUUUUCUCCUAGUAUGAAAAGAGCAUAGGAGGACUUCAAAUAAAUAUUGGUGAGGGCUUUUAUAUCAUAAUCUUUUUGUCUUCUUAAAAGGACAUCCAAGUUUAUGACUACUUAUGUUUGCUCUACUUUAAAGGGGCUUUCCGAUCCUUCGCAUAGGUCAUCAGUAUCUGAUCGUUGGGGGUCUGACACUUGGGACCCCCACCAAUCAGCUGUUUGAGAAGGCCGUCAACAUGAUAGCGGUGGUGCUUGGUAUUGCAGCUCAGCGAUUGGUCAUCAGUUCAAAAAUCUCGGAAAACCCUUUCAACUUAUUUGGUGAUGCAUCACCCUUUUGGGCUCCGUAUUAGAUAUGGCAAGUUUUGAAUGAUCCUUAAAGCACAGGAGACACUGAUAUUUCAGAAGAUAGUUAAUAGGAGUGCCAAUGACUGAGCCCCCCUGUAAAUCCUACUUAAACAAUUAAUGCUUGUCACAAAACUCUAGAAAAUUUUAUUUUUUUAUUUGUAUUUCACAAAUGUUAAUAAAUCACAAUUUUGUUUUAAA